AUGAGCAUCGAAGGAGAUGGAAAUCCUGACGAGUACGUUGUCACCGCUCUACAGAUAUUUGAGUAUUGCGGCGCCGAUAGUUCGAGUACGUUACGAGUGGAUUCACUUAUGGAUAAGUUCGCGCCUUUUGUGAAAACCAAAAAGGCUGAAUAUAGCUACCUAAAAUCUCUCCUUGACCCAGAGCGAACCAAUCCAGAAAUAACAGUCACUAAACUAGCAGAAACAUUGAACGAGUAUAGUGAGAAUCAAAAAAUAAAAGUGGAUCUCGAAGAAAGUUUCAAUUUAAAAAGUGGACCGGCUCCACAUGACUCAGAUUCUGGUAUCUCUACUGAUGGUUUUCAACUCCUUGAAGAGCUACAUUGUGAGUUAAAAGAGAAGUCUCACCUGGCGCAACAACUCCGCAGUCAGCUGGAUUUCAGUGACCGACAGCAUGAGGAAGCAUUGGCUUCGCUCACUGCUGAACGGGACUCCUUGCGGUCACACCUUAAUAUGUUGCGAGAAGAGAACAUGACUCUGACGCACGUUCGUCGCGAUUAUGAGGAUGUCUGUGAGAGGCUUUGUCUGAGCGAGAAAGCUUUGGACGAGACGAGGCGAGAGUUGGAGUGCAAUAAGAAGAGGCUACGGGUGCUUACGGAACAAGUUUGCACAUUAGAGACCGAAAAACUUACUCUUACUGACCUGCUCGAGAAAUCGAAAGCGGAAUGUCACCACAUCAACGAGAUGUACGCGAGCCGCCAGAGUGCGCUGCUCGAGCAAAACGAGCGCUUGCGCAGCGAACACGCGAACCUCAGCGUGCGGUUACAGGACCACGAGGAGUUUAUGCACACCGUUGUCAAGGAGAAAGUCACAAUAGAAAUGGAGCUAAAAGAGUUAUUGAACAAAACGAAUCAGACACAUCAUAAGAUGGAUCGGUCCAUUGAUGUAAGCUACACAGAUGACCAGAUGUUGUCUGCCCUUGACAGCCUGAAUGUUGAUAGCCGGUUUCAUAAUGAACAAGUAUCAACACCAUCACAGACAGACCUGCCAUGCUCUGAGUGCGUAAAACGGAACGGUUCUCAUGGUCUCAGAAGAUAUUUAUGGGAACCCCUGAAAUGCCUGUUCCAAUUAUUCGCGGUCGUGUGCUUCAUGUUCGCCAUCACAGCUCUGUACGGGGUGACCAGACGAUGGCAAUCGCCCUGUAUCCCCCAGACACCCUGGAGCUGGUUACAGCUAAACGAUCUGAUGGAUUUCUUCAUCCGUAUUGAGUAUAUAUCUGAUGUGCCUAUGUAG